CAACCAUGGAGCUCACCAUGGACAACUUGCACAGCGUCUCGUCGCAUUCCCAACCAGGGGACCUCAUGAACUCUCCGCACGCUCGGCCGUCUCCGUCCCCGAGCUCCACACCCCGGAACCUGGUCUCGCACGCUCCGGGUGGGCGACCGACCAUGGUGUCCGGCAUGGCCUCACUUCUCGAAGGGUCCGGAGGGGACUACCGGACGGACCCGUCCUCCUUGUCGGGACACCUCCAUUCGUCCAUCAGCAUGUGUGAGACCGGGAUGAGCCUUAGUAACACAUACACCACGCUGACCCCUCUGCAGCAUCUACCUCCGAUAUCCACCGUGGCGGAUAAGUUUCACCACCCGCACUCGCACCACCACCCUGCCGCCCACCAACGACUGUCCGCCGGGAACGUCAGCGGGAGCUUCACGCUGAUGCGGGAGGACCACCGGGGGCUGACGUCCAUGGGCAACCUGUACAGUCACUACCCGAAAGAGAUGUCCGUCACUGGCAUGGGUCAUGGAUCGUUGUCUCCCUUGUCCGGCGGGCUCGGUUCUCUGCACAACUCCCAGCAGUCGCUCUCCGCCUACGGUCCCAGCACGCACCUCUCCACCGACACCAAGAUGCUGUCGCCGGUGUCAGGGUUCGAGUCUCACGCCUCCAUGCUGUCUCGAAGCGACCAGGAGCACCUGGCCAGAAGUUUAGGUGGACACGGCCACGGCUUGAUCUCCAACCUCAAUGGGAUGCACCACCACCCGCACAGCCACCUUCAUUCCCAGGCGAACGGUGCUGUGAUGAUGGCCGAUCGGGAGAGGCACGGUCACGUUGCCGGUCAGGGAAUGUCAGGUUCGGGCAUACAGGCGGAGGAAAUCAACACGAAAGAGGUGGCUCAAAGGAUAACGGCCGAGUUGAAGCGCUACUCUAUCCCGCAGGCUAUUUUUGCCCAGCGGAUCUUGAGCCGGUCGCAGGGCACCCUGUCGGACCUGCUGCGGAACCCCAAACCGUGGAGUAAGCUCAAGUCGGGCCGGGAGACGUUCAGGAGGAUGUGGAAGUGGCUGCAGGAGCCCGAGUUUCAGCGGAUGUCUGCUCUGCGGCUGGCCGCAGCAUGUAAGCGCAAGGAGGAGGACCGGGGACGGGAGCGCAGCCAGGUGCCAAAGAAGCAGCGGCUGGUCUUCACAGACCUGCAGCGUCGCACCCUUGUGGCCAUCUUCCGAGAGAACCGCCGCCCCUCCAAGGAGAUGCAGCUCACCAUCUCUCAGCAGCUGGGCCUGGAGCUCUCCACCGUCUCCAACUUCUUCAUGAACUCACGUCGCCGCUGUCCGGAGCGCUGGGACGCAGAGGAGCACUGUCAUGGCGCGCACAGCCACGGCCAUGUUCACACUCCCCACGGAAACAGCAGCAGCGGCGGCACCAACAGCGCGUCCCCGAUCCAACCGGGCACCUCGUCUGCAAAUACGUUCCCCAAGGCCUGACGGCUGCAGGACGCAUGGUUGAACUGAUAUUUUUUCCCCUUCUUUUUAUAAGCCAAACAGUGUUUAAAAACUGCUAUACUGCACAGUAGCUGAGUGUGCAGCACUCCUAUCUGAUCUCAUUAGUUAUUCUGCACUGGAACAGAUGAAUCAGAUACUUUCACUUCUAUGUGUUUAACUUAAAGUUUUAUCAUUCUAACUUGCAUUUUAAAACUAGUGCCCUCGAACCAAAGAAUAUGUAGCUUUUCCACAUCAAAACCAAAGAAAAUGUAGCUGCACAAAAGUGUAAUUUUGUGUUUAAGUUGUACAAUGGGAGGGGAAUACAUCCUCCAUCAUGGAAGACUUUGGCUGAAUCACAUUUCCAAAGGUUGUCCCUCCCCCUCUUCCCAUCCCUUUUCCACCCAAUGUAGGUAGUGGUCAACAAAUCUCAUUGUGAAAUAAGACACUGCUGAUACAUCAUCAGUCCCCACUGAUUCCAAGUGAAAAGUAAAUCUAAUAUAUUAAUGAUGUAUGAAAAUAAUUAAGUAUCAUGAAUCUACAAACAAAAAGUAUCUAUUUUGAUGAAACAUCUUUGUUCUGAGCACACUUCAGACACACUUGGAGCACACACGGUUAUUGUGACUUCAAGUAUAUUUUAGUGCAAUUGAAUUUCUCAGUAAAUGUACUUUUCAGUAAGGGAAAGUCACUACAGCAAACUAGUCAUCACAGUGACAGUUAAUGUCAAACGAAGACAUUUAAAACGAUUUGUUG